AUGUCAUUCCCACUGCUGCCAAAGACCUCCUUUGCCGAAAUAAGCAGUGCUCAGGCUCUUGCAAAACCUAUUGGCCAGCUUCUUAUCACUCUCACUCCAACAGAUGAUCUCUCUAAAGUAUCCACCUACAUCAAAACAAACUUCGGAACCCUCGAAUUUUACGUCGACAUCUCAACCCUAGAAGAAUCCGUUGAUUCCGCAAUUAAACUCCUAGAUGCAGGUGUUUACCGUGUCAUUGUGACUCCUAACCUUGCCGCCGAUCUCGUCUCUGCAGGCGUUAGUCCUCUCCGUAUCCUCGCUGCUGCCCCAGCUUCUACCAAUGACCAAGAUGUUUCUGGCUUCGUGGUCACAGACACUUCUUCUUCUUCUUCUUCUUCUUCUUCUUCUAUUCUUUCUGCCGCAAAAGACCUUGCCAAAAAACUUAUUCCAGAAACUGGUGGUGCUAAACACCUUUAUGUCUCUCUCCCAGACUCCAUCGCUCUCAAGGAUGCUACCGCUAUUGUUGCUGCUUCGGCAACCCCCAUUGUGUCUGCAGCCAAGCUGACCCGCGAACACGCUGCCGAUAAGAUCCAAGAUAAACUCCCCGUGGCAGAAUUCAUUCUAACUGCUCUUUCUUCUGACCGUCCAGAUGGUCUUUUCACUACCCUUGUUCUUGACGAAAAUCAAACUGCUUUGGGUCUUGUCUACUCUUCCCCAGAAUCAGUCAAGGAAGCUCUUCGCACUAACACUGGCGUCUACCAGUCUCGCCGUCACGGCCUCUGGUACAAGGGUGCAACUUCUGGUGCCACCCAAACUCUUCUUUCCAUGGGCCUCGAUUGUGAUGGCGAUUGUCUUAAAGUCACCGUUUCUCAACAGGGCCCCGGAUUCUGCCACAACAAUACUGCAUCUUGCUUCGGUGCCUACCGUGGACUUCUGUCUCUCGAACAAACCCUACGUGCUCGCAUCGCUUCUGCACCCGAGGGUUCCUACACCAAGCGUCUGUUCAAUGAUGAGAAACUACUGACAGCCAAGAUUCUCGAAGAAGCCGAAGAGCUUGCUACUGCGAAAACUAAAGAUGAAGUUUCCUGGGAAGCUGCCGAUCUCCUUUACUUUGCAUUUGCCAAGGUAGUUAAGGAGGGUGUUUCUGUCGCUGAUGUUAUGAACAAUCUGGAUUCUAAGAGUUACAAAAUUUCAAGAAGAAGAGGUGACGCAAAACCAAAGUACGUUAAGCAGGUUGAUGAACUUACAAAGUCACAGGAUUCUGCUGCUGCUCCUGCUGCUGCUGCUCCUGCUGCUGCUGCCCCUGAACAACCCGCUCGUAUCAAGAUGAACUGCAUUGAUGCUUCCUCUUCUUCUCCUGAAGAAAUUGAAAAGGUCCUUACUCGUCCUGUUCAAAAAACUUCCGACAUUAUGAAACUCGUUCUGCCCAUUAUCAACAAUGUCAUUGACAAUGGUGACAAGGCUCUUCUCGAAUAUGCCGCCAAGUUUGAAAAAGUUGAGCUCAAAACUCCUGUCAUUAAUGCCCCUUUCUCUGAUGAACUUAUGAAACUCCCCCAGGAUGUCAAGGAUGCUCUUGAUCUCAGUAUUUCUAACGUUGAAAAGUUCCACGCUGCUCAACUCGAUGAGUCCGAACUCCGUGUUGAAACAGUACCUGGUGUCAUUUGCUCGCGUUUCGCUAGACCUAUCGAGUCUGUCGGUCUUUACAUCCCAGGUGGUACUGCCGUCUUGCCAUCUACCGCACUCAUGCUUGGUGUUCCUGCAAAGGUUGCAGGCUGCAAAAAUAUUAUCUUUGCAUCCCCUCCUCGCCGUGACGGUACCAUCACUCCUGAAAUCGUUUAUGUCGCCCACAAGGUCGGUGCCAAAAAGAUUGUGCUUGCUGGUGGUGCUCAGGCUGUUGCCGCUAUGGCCUACGGUACUGAAUCAGUCCCCAAGGUCGACAAGAUUAUGGGCCCUGGUAACCAGUUUGUUACUGCUGCUAAGAUGCAUGUCCAAAAUGAUACCCGUGCUCUUGUCUCCAUCGAUAUGCCUGCUGGCCCCUCUGAGGUCCUUGUUGUAGCUGACAAGACUGCCAACCCUGCAUUUGUUGCCUCCGAUUUGUUGUCCCAGGCCGAACACGGUGUCGACUCACAAGUCAUUUUGCUGGCAGUCGAUCUUACUGAUGCUGAGCUUGAGGCCAUUGACGAAGAGCUCGAGAAGCAGGCGCUGGCGCUUCCACGUGUCGAUAUUGUCCGGGGAUCCAUUGCUCACUCCACUACAUUGCGCGUCAAGACUCACGAACAGGCCAUGGCUCUCAGUAACCAAUAUGCACCUGAGCACUUGAUUCUUCAAAUUGCUGACGCCAGCACCAAAUGGGUCAAGCAAGUUGAGCACGCUGGUUCUGUAUUUUUGGGUCCUUACUCUCCAGAAUCUUGCGGUGAUUACUCUUCAGGCACUAACCACACACUUCCUACUUACGGCUACGCCAAGAUGUACUCGGGUGUUAACACUGGUACUUUUAUGAAGCAUAUCACCAGCCAGGAACUGACGGAGGAAGGUCUUAAGGCUAUUGGUCCUGCUGUCAUGACAGUUGCUGCUGUCGAAGGCCUUGAUGGUCAUAAGAAUGCAGUCAAGGUCCGUCUUGAUGCCCUGAAUUAG